ACCACCAAAACCCUAGCUCUUCUUCCUCUUCCUUUUCUUCGUACCUGAAAACUCUCUCUCUCGUUAAACCCUAAAACCUACCUUUGCGCAUGGCUUCCGAGAACCUAAACCCCGUCACAGUCACAAAAGCCAUAGACGCGCUUCUCAAAUGGCGUCGCUCCCAAUCGGAGACUCAAAAGCCCAAACUCUUCGAUCAAGACGAAGAAUUUGUGUACCUCGUCGUAACGCUUAAGAAGAUUCCCGCGAAAUCGCGCGUUAACCCUUACAAGAUCCCUCUCCCACACUCCCUGUUCUCGCAGUUCUCCGAACAAUGUCUCAUCCUCGACGACCGGCCGAACAAGGGCCGCGUGACCAAGGCCCAGGCCCAGGCUAAGGUCCAAUCCGAGUCCAUCCCCGUAGCAAAAAUCCUGAAGCUGUCAAAGCUGGCAUCCGAUUAUCGUGCUUUUGAGGCGAAGCGGAAGCUCUGUGAUUCCUACGAUUUGUUUUUUGCAGAGAAGAGUAUUGUGCCGUUGCUUCCUCGGCUACUCGGGAAGCAGUUUUUCAAGAAGAGGAAGUUGCCGGUGCCGGUGGAUCUGAAGAAGAGUAACUGGAAGGAGCAGGUGGAGAGGGCGUGCUCGUCCGCGAUGCUGUUCAUGCGGACCGGCACGUGUAGCGUUGUUAGGGUUGCGAAGGUGGGGAUGGAAAGAGACUCAAUUGUGGAGAAUGUGAUGGCUGCGGUUGAGGGGAUUGUGGAGGUUGUGCCGAAGAAGUGGGGGAAUGUGCGGUCGCUGCAUCUGAAGCUGUUGGAGAGUGUGGCGUUGCCUGUGUAUCAGGUUGUUCCGGAUUUGAAGUUGAGGAUUAAGGGUGCUAACGAGGAGGCUGAGAUAAAAGAGAAGAACAAGAAGAGGAAAAAAGAUGAGGAGGUUCGUGAAUCGGCAAAGAAGAAGGGGAGGAUUCAUGAAGUUAGGUAUAUGGAUGAGAAUGGUGGUGAGGAUGAGAUUGAAAAUGAAUUGGCGAGUGAUGAUGGUGGUGGCGAUGACAAUGUGGAUGAGAAGAGGAAGAGAGGGGUUUCGAGUGUGUUGAAUGGUGGGAAGAGGUUGAAGAAAUCGUCUGGUGUCAAGGGAAAGAGGAAAAAGGAGAAGAGUGGAAGUGAGUUGGUUGCUGAGGAUAAGGAAUCUAGUGCCAAGGACAAGAAGAAAAAGGUGAAGAGUGGGAGUGAAUUGGUUGUUAGGGAUGAGGAAUCUGGCGUGAAGAAGACGACGAAAGGAGAAUUGAAGAAGAUGAAAACAGGGGAAGUGAAGGUGAAGGCUGUGAAAAGUGUGAAGGCUAAGAAAAGUAAGAAGGCCUAGAGAGUUGGAUGAUGUUGUCUAUUAGCGAUUGAUGUAAGAAAUCGUUGCUUGUUGGGGCCCUGUGCUAGCCUGUGUGGUGGUGCUUGUUGAGUCCCCAGCUGCAUUUUUGUUUCUGACCCUGUAUUAGGGCGGUUGUGUUUUCUGUUGGUUCGAUUUGUUAUUUGCUAGUUCAAAAUUUCAAUAGUCGAGGUUUAAAAUGAUUGUUAAAUGGGUAAGGUCAGAGUGUUGCAUCCCGGCAAGUAAGUUUAAUAUACUUGAGUCAUUAGAUAUUGCUUGUUUUAGAUCGAUUUAGAAAAUGAAGUUAUUUAGAUAUUGCAAA